GGACAGGCAGCCAAACAGGGUCUUAUUACUUUAUGGUAAAAAAAAAGACGCUCCAUUAACCCAACAAAAAUCGAUUUCAAAAGAAAGCUGCCAAAACUCAAAACAGCUGCCGCCACCGCCACCGCCACCGUCACAAUGCAUAACAACCACCAACAAACGCCGCCCGCAUCGGCGUAUAAUUCUAACGCCGCCGCGACAACCACCGCUUCAAAAGACAACUCUAAAGCUACCGUUUGUAUAAUCUUAGCCACCUCUUUUUUUUCCUUCCUCUUUAUCAUCGCCCUCCCUUCCACCAGCCCAAUUCGACCCUUAACCAUAAUCCGACCCGAUCCUGCUCUUUUCCCCAAUCGACCCAUUUCCCUAACCGAGAUCCCUUCCGCACCCACCCCUCCUUCCAUUGCUUACUUCAUAUCAGGAUCCGCCGGUGAUUCGGCUCGGAUCCUCCGGGUACUCUUAGCUUCUUAUCACCCGAGAAACCAUUACCUUCUUCACCUUGAUCUAUCUGCUUCGCAGACCGAGCGUGACCGGUUGGCCAUUACGAUCCAAGCGAUACCCAUUUUUAAAGCCGCUCAAAACGUCGAUGUUGUAGGGAAAUCAGAUUAUGCUUACCCUAGAGGGCCAUCGGCAAUCUCUUCUACUCUUCACGGUGCCUCGAUUUUGCUACGUUUAGCUUCGGAUUGGAAUUGGUUUAUCUCCCUCAAUGCCGGCGAUUACCCGCUUGCUACUCAAGAUGAUAUUCUUCACAUCUUGUCUUACUUGCCUAAAGAUCUCAACUUUGUGAAUCACACAAAUUAUAUUGGCUGGAAAGAGUCCAAGAAAUUGAAACCGAUAAUUGUCGAUACGGGGCUUUAUCUUUUGGAAAAGGAAGAGAUAUUUUAUGCUACUCAGAAGCGGGAAUUGCCGACUGCUUUCAAGUUGUUUUCAGGUUCGUCGUUUACAAUGUUAACUCGUAGUUUUGUUGAGUUCUGCAUCCUUGGUACCGACAAUCUUCCGAGGACUUUGCUAAUGUAUUUUACAAACACGCCUUAUUCCUACUCCAAUUAUUUCCCUACUGUCCUUUGUAACUCUGACCAGUACAAGAAAACUGUGAUAAACCAUAACCUACAGCAUGUAGCCUUCAACAAAACCUUUUCAACGAAGCCUCUCUCACUCAAGCCUGAAGAAUUCGAUGCUAUGAUUCAGAGUGGAGCUGCUUUUGCAACACAUUUCCAGUUUGACAGUCCAGUACUCGACCGUAUCGACCAAGAAAUUUUGAAACGCAGCCCCGGAAAAGUUGUACCAGGUGGAUGGUGCUUAGGUGAUCCCGCCAAUGACACAUGUUCAGUUUGGGGAGAUGCCAGUAUCUUGAGACCUGGUCCAGGAGCAAAAAGGCUCAAAAAACGUAUCGUCGACUUGCUUGCAGAUGAUAAGUAUCGAUCCAUGCAAUGUCGAUAUGAAUGAUGUAAUGGAUCAAUCUACAUGGAGAUAUAUGAAAUCGGGGAAACAAAGGUAACUGAUGCUGAUCACUCUUAAAAUUUGGCCCUUACAUUCUUUAUAGGAGUACUAAAAUUUUAUCAAGCAUCUAGUUGUACCAUGAUUGUUGUAAAGUAAAAAUUAUAAUUCAUUUGUUCUUGUACUCGACAUUUUUCAUCAGCUUUAGAAUGUAGUUUCUAUGGUUAACAUGAUGGGAUUCUAUUUCUAUGCCCCAUUCUUCGGAACUUUGAAAAUUUUCAAUGUUUACCACUCUUUUGAUA